UCCGAAUGAUAUUGCUAGGGUAGAGGAAAUUUAUAUGAACUGUUGUCAACAGAACGAGCAGAGGAUUUUGCGCUUUAUGCGCUCUUUUUGAUUCGAAUUUAAUUCUUCUAUACGACAAAGAGCUAUGGCAGCUGUUUUAACGGGAGCAAUGGAUAUUCUUUAUGAAAAUAGCGUAUCUGCAAUUGAGGGUUUACAAGCAAGGUUUCACCAACAGAGUGAUGUUUUCUUCAUGGUAUCCAACGUGUUCGAUCCCAGAUACGCUUUUCUAUUCUAUUCCCCCUUCUUCCUUUCGUUGGACUGGACCGUCGGUAAAAAGAUAAUGUGGGUGACUGUUGUGGCGGAAUGGCUGAAUCAGAUGCUGAAGUGGGCACUUCAUGGUGAACGUCCGUAUUGGUGGAUACAUGAAACUCAAGUGUACAACAAAACUGGAGUUACGACGCCAGACAUACAACAAUAUUUCAUGACAUGUGAAACUGGGCCAGGUAGUCCAUCCGGCCAUUCUAUGGUCACUGCAGCAGUAUUCUAUGUGAUAUUAGACUCCUACCUGAAAAAGUUUGGGUUCGUCAAGAAAAACAGUACAAAUUUAAUUGCCAAGUUUGUGUGGUUGGUCUACCUUGCAAUGCUGGCAAUAGUUGGUGCUUCUCGAAUUUUCAUUGCUGCACACUUUCCCCACCAAUGCUUCCUAGGAAUGGCAGUGGGAUGGCUUGUGGCUUUAGGUUUAGAUGACAUCAAUCAAAAGAAGACGAAUACGCUACGAUAUUGUGCAAUUACAGCGGGAAUGCUAGCUAGUGCUUUAUCCAUGUACAGUUUCCUGAAAGCGAUUGGAGUCGAUCCCAUGUGGUCUGUGAGCAGAGCCAUCAAGUGGUGCGCCAAGCCGGAAUACGUCCAUUUGGAUACAUCUCCCUUCUUUUCCAUGAUGCGUUACUGUGGCUUCAUGUUUGGCAUGGGAUUCGGAUUCAACAGCGAAAGCUUCAGACGCUUUUCCUCCAACAAAGUCCCAUUGACAAUGAGGAUCAUUUGCGCUGUGCUUUCGGUCGGUGUCUGCAAAGUGUCAGAAAAAAUUAGCUUCCCAAAAGACAACAUGACGCUAUUUUACAUCGAAUCCUUCGCUCUGAAUGCGGUGCUAGCGUAUGCGAUGAUUGCCGUGGUUCCAAAUGUGGUAUCAAACCUUUUCCCUUCUAAGCACAAGAAGAACUGAUGUGAUCACCAUCAAUGAUUUUUGUUAUUUAUGGCUGAGAAGAACUUGGUGUUUGCGCUCACGAGUGAUCAGCAUUUGUAUUGUAAAUAUUUUGUUCUCAGAUUUAAACGCCAGCUGAUGUAGAUUAAUGGUCUUUGGAACUGGCAUCUCUUAGGAAUUUAUGUCUUGCACAUUUUAGAGAAAUUCCUGGUCCCAAAGGUUAACAAAAAGGCAGGUACAGAUGUGUACCAACCUGGGUUCAAAAGGUAGAAAAAAUAACUAUUUGAAAACAGUUCAAAAAUCGAUUUAGAAGAAAUGUUUCACAUAAUCAGUGCAACAAGGACAGAAUAUUUCAAAGAAAUAUUGAGGAUGAACCUGUUUUCGUGAUUUGAAAGACACGAGGAUGCUGUCGACUUGCUGUGAUACUGUCCAAAAAGUCGAAUGCCGACAUUAGUUUGCGUCUGGACUAUACUAUAAGAAGCUUGGUGAUCUACUUGAGGCAAGAUUUUCAAAUGCAGCACCUUGUUUUUAGCAUCAGUUGUUCAUAAUUUGUGACAAUUUUGUUUCUCCUGAGCUUAUUAUUAAAAUGACGUAAUUAGCUCAUGGAAUACUAGAGUAAAUCGGGUUUAGAAUUGUGAACUUUGUUUAGUGCAAAAGGAACCAUUUUAGUCCAUUCGAUUUUUAAUCGAGACAUCAAUCACGAAAUGACGUUAUUUACAGAACAGUGAUUAGCUUUGUUUAUUUUUAAUUUUAAUUUUAACAUCCGCUGUGAAAACAUCGAACAUCAAAUCCAUUGUAAAUAUUUCACGUCUAAUUAGUUCUGUUUCAUCGUCAUCUAUGCAGCAUCAAAUUCUACUUAAUGGAAGUUUAAGUUUUAUUCUUGAAAACGGAGGUAAACAUUGCAUUUUGUUUGAACAAAAUUACAUCAUACUAAGUUACAAGAGUAAUAAUUUUCUGAAAACAAUUCAAAAGCAUUUUUACUGACCAUUCAAGAAUGAUUUUUUUUGUAUUAAAAUGUAAAUAUGUUUUCGGCAUUUUUGUGUUACUAUCUUUCUUAUCUGGCCAAGGUUAUUACAUAUCAUCUACGAUGUACUUAUUGGGAACUGUUGUAUAUAAUUGAUUUCUUGAAAUAAAAAAAUUGAGCUCUGUU